AUGGCGGGCGGCAGUCGCUUCACCGUGAACCCGUUCCCGGAGCUGGUGCUCACGGCCGAGGACCGCUCGCAGCUCAUCCAGAUCGCGCACGACCUGGUCGUGGCCAAGUUCGCCGAGUACCAGGAGCACAUCAACAACCAAAAGUACGUCGACCAGGCGCGGUGGAAGAAAUACUCCAAGGACGGCAACACGAUGAUGUACCUGGAGCGCAAGAAGUCCAACCCGGAGUCCAAGCUGCCGGCGCUGCUCAUGGUGGGGCCCCUCCCCGGAUCGCUGGACGAAAACAUGUUCGGACUCGUGAGCCCGACGCUCGAGUCCAUGCGGAUCAAGUCGUCGUACCUCAAGGAUUUCAACGCCGCGGCCGUGCUGGCCACGAUCGUUGAGCCGACGGUGGAGGAACCUUUCCGUUCGGUGGUGGUCAAGUGGAUGGAGAUCGAUAUCCCGGGGGCCUCGCUCGGCAUCUUGCGGAACCGCGACUACAUUUACCUCGAGAGUACCGGUAUCCUGCGUCUGGACAAUGGAGAGCGUGUGGGUUACCAUCUACUGCACUCGGUCAGCUUCCCCCAGACCCACGACCUGCCGAACCGCAUCAGGGGCAACAUGUCGUUCUGCGGCAUGUUCCACCAGGAAGUACCGGACAAGACCGACUGUCGAGGAACGGGCGUCAUGGACCCGGGAGGUGACAUGAUCCGAGCGCUGGGCGUUAUGGGCAUGGCCCAAGCCACGAUGGCGGGACUCAAGUAUUCGUACUGCGGGCAGAUGAAGAAGCUGGCGUGGCUGCUCGAGCAGAAGCACGCAGAGGCGAGGGAACACGGCACGCCGGCAUUCAAACCGGUUUGCGUAACCUGUCAGAAACAGGUGAGGGGGAAGAAGUUUGGCGAGUUUGGCAGGUCCAGCAGUACGUGCAAGCUGUGUUUCGGAGCGGUGUGUUCGUCGUGCAAGAUCCCCAAGAAGUUGAGUUUCAUCGCCCCAGACCUUGAGAUGGUGCAGCGCAAGGUCACGUUUUGUGCGAAAUGCCUCAUUGCAGCGACCCACAUGGAUACGGAGGAGGCAGCGCGAGUGCAGUUCGUGUACAAACAUACAGUCACGUCCAGCGUCUACGGAUCUUCAGGUCGCUGCUCAUUCGAAAGUACGCGCUCGGAUAGCACGAUGGGUGGGUUUUGA